AUGCUCUGGAAGUCUCGCUCCAAGAACGAGCUGUAUGGAGCUCAGGACCGCGCGGACGGCCUGACCGGCUCCUCGCCCAGCGGCCGCCUCUCGCAGCUCUCCUCGCUCAACCAGGCGGCCUACGCCUCGGCCCCGCCGCUCUGCCACACCCCGGCCUCCGACUUCCAGCCACCCUACUUCCCCCCUCCGUACCCGCAGUCCUCCCUCUCCUACGCGUCCCAGGGCCAGGAGUCGGCCUACUCGCACCUAUCCGACCCCUACCCAUCAAUCAACUCCAUCCACCAACACCAGCAGGCCGCAUGGCACUCGCAGCGGUCCCGCUCCGAGGAGGGGGCUCUCCUGUCGCAGUCCCACCGGGCGCUGAGCCUCGAUCCCCGCAGGGAUUACCCGGGAGUACCGAGGCUCCUGCACGGCCUCGGGGAAGGGGCCGCGGCGCUCGGUGAGGGCCCCCUCGGGAUGCACAUAGGACACCACAGCAUAGAAGACAUCCAGGGGAUGGAGGAGGCGUCUGCCCUCGGCAUCCUCGACCACUCUGUCAUUAAAAAAGUCCCCCUCCCCUCCAAGCUGAACGGCUCCUCCCUGUCGGCGCUGUCCCUCUCCAAGGAGGGCGUGGGGAUGGGCUGCGUGUCCAACCCGGCGGAGGUCUUCUGCUCGGUGCCGGGCCGGCUCUCCCUGCUCAGCUCCACCUCCAAGUACAAGGUGACGGUGGGCGAGGUGCAGCGCCGCCUCUCACCACCAGAGUGCCUCAACGCCUCCCUGCUGGGCGGAGUCCUGCGCAGGGCCAAGUCCAAGAACGGGGGCCGCUGUCUGCGGGAGCGUCUGGAGAAGAUCGGCCUCAACCUGCCCGCAGGCCGACGCAAGGCGGCCAACGUCACGCUGCUCACGUCCCUGGUGGAGGGCGAGGCGGUCCACCUGGCGAGGGACUUCGGCUACGUGUGUGAGACGGAGUUCCCUGCGCGGGCGACCGCAGAGUUCCUGGUGCGGCGCAGCGACCCCGACCAGCUGCCCACCCGCCGCAGCAUGCUGCUGGCCACCAAGGAGAUCUGCAAGGAGUUCAUGGACCUGAUGUCCCAGGACCGGUCCCCGUUGGGGGGCAGCCGGCCCACCCCCUGCCUGGAGCCCACCGUGCAGGGCAGCCUCACACACUUCAGCCUGCUCACGCACGGCUUCGGCACGCCCGCCAUCUGCGCCGCGCUCUCCGCCUUCCAGAGCUACCUGCUGGAGGCCGUCAAGGUGCUGGACAAGGGCGAGGGCGGGGGCAAGGGUCACCACGGCGACAAGGAGGUCAAGCACCGGAAAUAG